AUGUCUGAUUCGUGCGUCGUUUGGUUCACGCCCGGCUCGAACCUUUUCCCAACAAGUUCAAAAGCCCUUAAAACUUCUCACAGGGAGCCUAUGAUACAUGCAGAGAUUCUGUCCAUCUUGGAUCGCCUAGAAAAGCUUUCUCCUGUUCUAGAACAGGCAGGAUAUUCCUCCGCUUAUGCUACAGGCCCUGGAAAGCAGCAUGGCUGCCUUAUUGCUUACAAGCAGAACAAAUACAAUCGACUGGGCGAACUUGUAAUCGAGUACGACAAACAGGAAGUGCGUGAGGAUUCUUCCCUUCCUGCUGCACGCAUUGGAUCAAGUCGCAUUACGAAAAAUAUCGGUUUUAUGGUCGCAUUGGGUGAAGCCGGCACCGAUCACCAAGGUGUCAUCAUUGCAACCACCCACCUGUUUUGGCAUCCUGCAUUCACGUACGAAAGAGCAAGGCAGGCCGGUAUCCUCAUUCGAGAAGUCCUUAAUUUCCGACAGUCUAUGAAACUUGACCAUUGGCCCUGCAUCAUCGCUGGCGACUUCAACUUUACUCCCGAUGACCCGGCAUACUCCUUGCUCACCGGCGAUUCGCUUACUGAGGUCCAGUCUCAACGUUUGCAUAUGUCUCGUGUUAUUCAUGUGACCAUCGAUUCCACUGUACCACCAACUACCAAGAAGGCGGACGAUGAAGAGGGAGACGGUUCAGAGGCUGAUCCAGACAGGGUCAUUAAUAACUCUCGAGUAGCCACUUCGUCAGACGGACUGCUAUCCGACCUUGAACUGACGUCACUCUUCAUCGAUGGUGCCAAGCUUCGGAGCGCAUAUGAUGAAGGUCAAAGAGCUCAAAGAGACAACGGCACCCCAGGUGAUUUAUACACAUUUGGCGAUCGAGUCUCUUCGCCCCCAACCAGACUUGGAGCUCAUGAGCCAAUGUGGACUAGUUACACACACUACUGGAAAACAACGCUAGAUUACAUUUUCUUCGUGGACACACCCAAACACAGCAUAAAUGUCGCGGGGUAUCUCAAUCUACAUCGUACCACUGACAUGGAAGCAGGUCUUCCUCAGAUUGGCAUUUGCGGGAGUGAUCACGUCUCUCUUUGCGCGGAACUCUUUUUAUCAUAA